AUGGUGGCAACAGUGGCAAAUAUGGUGGCAGUAGGGAUGGAAGAACUUAUGGUGGUGGUGAUAGUGGUUGUGGCGGCAUCGAUGGGCGACAGAGUUGUUGGUGACGAUAACAAAUAUUCAUAUACGGAUAAUGAUUUUUCAUAUAUGCAUAUGGCGGUUGUUGACAGAGGUGGUGCCGGUGGUAAGGGUAGCGUUGGCGGUGGCAGUCGAGGUAUUGGUGACAAUGGAGGUGGUAUCAGUAGUGGUGGUGGUGUCAGUGGGUGUGACGAUGACAACAACGGAGGUGGUGUUGGCAGAGGUUGUGGUGAUGGUGGUGGAAGAGGUGGUCAUGGUGAUGUGGCAAAUGUGGUGGUAGAGGUAGUGAAGGUGGUGGCGGCGAAGAAGAUGAUAGGUGGUGGAUUCAUAUGUUAA